AUGAGGAAGAUCCAAGAAGACAUGUUGAAUGCUCAGAAAGAAAUGUUUGUUAAGUUUGCAAGUCUACUAGAAGGAAUAAAUCUUGAAUAUGAAAAAAACCUUGUGCCCAGAACUAUAACCGAUGUACCACUUUACCCCCUAGGGUUCACCCCAGUGCAAUCUCAGAAUGUUGAAGAAACGCCUAUUCAUACUGAAAAAGUACACAUCAAUCCAGUCGGUGCCUCUGUGAAUUUGUAUACUGGAUCUAGUUCACAUCCUGAAGAAGAUCAAUAUCCCCAAGUUCCUGAUCUUGAUGAAGAAGCUAGGAAAGAACAAAACAAGAAGUUGGAGGAAAAAUGGAAAAAAUUGAGUCUAGUUCCUGAUUUGGUUUUGCCCCCGAAGUUUAAGAUUCUUGAUUUUGAGAAAUUUAACGGUACUAGGUGUCCCUCUUCUCAUAUUACAAUGUUUUGUAGAAAGAUGACUGGAUACAUAGGAGAUGAUCAGUAUUGCUUCCAGGAAAUCUUAACAGGUUCAGCAAUCCAAUGGUAUAAUCAACUGAGUAGAGCUAAUAUUAGGUCAUGGAAAUACCUGGCUGAAUCCUUUUUUAAGCAGUAUAAACAUGUGAAGAAUGUUAGACCUAAUAGAAUGAUGUUACAAGGAAUGGAAAAGAAGUCUAAUGAGAGUUUUAGACAAUACGCUCAAAGAUAG